CCACCCCUUAUCCACAAUAAACCAACGAUACUUCACUUGCUCACCAAUCGGUCACACGCAUUUCUCCCAUUUUCUUCAGACAUGUGUAAUCUUCGAAUCGAUCCCGGACCGUGUUUGGCCAUCCAUUAUCGAUGGGGUUGGGACAAUCGUCGUAGACAAUGCAUCCGGUUCCGAUACGGUGGAUGUGGUGGAAACCCGAACCGUUUUCCAAGUAAACUUGCGUGUCAAUUGGCCUGUCGAUAUCGUGUGUCAUCGACAGGAGUAAUCAUCUCCAAACACGUCACUGGUCUGACGUCGUUAGAAAGGUUUCUCAACGCGAAAAGACUCAGCUGGGACAAUACCAAGAAGAGUUUUGUGUGGGCGUACAUUAGUAAUUAUUGUAGUCUGUACUUAGCAGAAGUUCAAUGUUUUAUGAUGAUUAUCCGUUUGGCGAACCCGCUUCGAAAAACAGUGCGUGUAUAUUAUACGAGUCAAGCGUUGGCCCAAUGUCAUCAUUGCGUGAACUUCUUGCAUUCCGAAUUUUCCGCAUUGUACCUCGCUCGACAACUGAAUCUCCUGUGGUGA